UGAUGAAUCGGAACAGCCUAUACGAGUCUGAUGAUGAUGAAGAAGAAGACGACUUUGGAGAUGACCUGGAAGAACUAAGACGCGCAUGUACGGUCUCGGUCUCUCACGCUGGUUCCGACAAAUUCACUGCAAAAACCGAUUCUAUUGAACCGGAUGGAGGUGGUGGCCGCGGGAUAGCGUCGGAUUUCGAAAUGCUUAGGACGAAUGUGUCCCUCCCUCUCAUUGGUUUAUCUGACGAUGAAGAAGAUGAAACCCUUCUCGCUAUACAGAGGCGAUUCUCUGCAUAUAAAAGUUUUGAUCCCGAAGGAAAUUUCAUGAAUGAUUCUCCCAGGAAGAAAAGGCAGGUACAAGAUGGCCAUUCUGUUGAGGUGCAUGAAAAGACUUCCAUUGAGCCUCCUGACCACCUGAAGACAUGCCAGUUACCUCUUAAGCCAGCUGCGAUUGCAAGUUUCCCUGAAGCUGCACAAGCCUUUGUUGAUGCAAUCCGGAAGAACAGGGCAUAUCAGCAAUUUCUUAGAAGAAAAUUGGUCGAAAUUGAAGCAACCAUCGAGCAGAACGUGAUACACCAGAAAAAUGUUAAGAUAGUAAAAGAUUUCCAAGGUUCUUGCAAGAGAAUAACUAAACAGGCACUCUCUCAGAGGAAAGAUCCCCGUGUCAGAUUGAUCUCAACACGAAAAUUUGAGCCUUGUGAUGGUUCCGAGGAUAAUGAUGAAAAGAUAUCUCCUUCCAUGUUGGGUCCACGGGAAAACCCCUGUGUUGCAAAUUAUAGGAUGGCACUAGAGAAAUAUCCAGUUUUAGAGGAACGCAGAAAAUGGUCUACUGAGGAGAACAAAAACCUUGCAAAAGGUCUAAAACAACAAGUUCAAAAAAUACUGCUUUCUGAGGCUAUUGAACAGUCCAGUGACUGGGAAGGAUCUACAUAUGAUAUAGACACCAUAAACGAAUCGAUCGGAAAUCUUGAGAUCACACCAGAAAUGAUUAGGCAGUUUCUUCGGAAAAUUAACUGGGAUUCGUUGGAUAUCAAGGACCGUUCUUCUGCAGAAUGUGAAGCUCGGUGGAUGAGCUCGGAAGAUCCAUUGAUUAACCACGCUCCGUGGACUGCAGCAGAGGACAAAAACCUACUCCGAGUUAUCGAGAAAAAGAGUCUUACAGACUGGCUUGGCAUCGCGGUAUCAUUAGGGACAAAUAGGACCCCAUUUCAAUGUCUGGCUCGAUAUCAGAGAAGCUUGAAUCCAAGCAUAUUGAGAAAAGAAUGGACUGCAGAGGAAGAUGACCAACUUCGUGCUGCAGUAGAGUUAUUUGGCGAUAAAGACUGGCAAUCUGUUGCAAAUGUAUUAAAAGGAAGAUUUGGAAAACAAUGCUCAAAUAGAUGGAAAAAUUCACUUUGCCCUACCAGAAAAGGGAGAUGGAGCUCAGAGGAAGACAAACGUCUGAAAGUAGCUGUGACACUCUUUGGAGCUAAAAAUUGGCCGAAGAUUUCUUCGUUUGUUCCUGGACGGACCGCAAGUCAGUGUCGAGAGAGAUGGCUAGAUUCUUUAGAGUCCAAAAAAAAUUGUGGGAAGUGGACCGAGGAAGAGGAUCAAAAGUUGAGAGAAGCAAUUGCAGUACACGGAUAUAGCUGGGUCAAGGUGGCUUCACAUGUGUCUCUUCGUACUGACAGUCAGUGCUCGAGGAGAUGGAAGACUCUAAAUCCUCACCUAGUGCAACUUUUACUAGAAGCUAGAAAGUUACGAAAAGAAGCUACUGCAGGUAAUUUUGUUGAUCGGGAAUCAGAGCGUCCUGCUUAUAUCGCAGGCCCUAUUUUGGCACUACCAGAGAUAUCUCUAGCGCCAGAAUCCGAUAUUGCAGCCCUGGAGAAGAAACGCAAAGCCAAGAGCAGGCAGAAGAAAUCAGACGCAUGGGAACAACCAAAGAGACGGAUAAAAGAAUUAGAGAAAUCUCAGAAUUGCCAAAUAACAUAGUUAUAGUCAGGCACAGAAGAACCCUAAUGAGUAGAUAUCAUUUAAUUUUGUCUUCAUGCAAAAAUGUCUAGGUUUGU